GCUGUUUUAAAAUACUUUAAUCAUAUUUACAUGUAUUCAUAGUUGACCUCGCCACGAUCGACCCGACAUCUGAGGAGUCCGAGGUUAACAGUACAAAGAUGGUUGGAACCUUGGUUAAAGCUUACAAAGACAGUCAGAAAGAACUAACUGGAAGUGGGUCAACUAGUAAAGAUAAGGAAGAGAAAAAUAAAGAGCAAUGGCCUGUGCUGGCGAUGUUCAGAAACCUAGAACAUCAACCAGGACCGUUAAGACAGUUCUGGAUACUUUACAGACGAUCAACGAGGAAUAUCGUAGAAGAUUACGGUUACCUGGCAACGCAGUUCAUACAAGCGGUUGCUAUGUCAGUGGUUGUUGGGUUUGUUUAUUUUAAUCUGGGCCUUGACCAAUCAUCAGUGAGGGACAGAUUUGGGAUGAUGUAUAUUAUUGGUGCCUUAUAUCCAUAUAUGGUCGUUUUAGACCUCAUCGGACUGUAUCAUAAAGAGCGGUCUUUUCUAUACUUUGAACUAGAGGACCGACUGUAUGGAGUCACGCCGUAUUAUUUUGCAAAGGCAGAUCAUAUUUUAUCGGACACAUUUCACAAUAUAAACCGUUUGAAAUGGGUGUCGUCAGUGUCCCAAUAUCUUCUAAAAUGGGGCUUUCAAGCAUUAUGUAAAGUACAAAUUCAAAGUUUGGAAUUCAACUGUGAUGACGCCAUUCCGGGGUCAUGUAUAAGAAACGGCACGAUGGCGUUAGAAAGUUACUCUCUGCAAGGGAAUUCCGUGUGGGAGGCGUGUGUAGUGAUGGGAUCUUCAUGUGUUAUAUACUUGAUCCUUUUCUUUAUAGGAAUGAGGUUUGUACCUCAAAAACCCCAUGAAAUGUAG